AUGGGCCUAGAACAUUUUUCCUACCAAACUGAAGAGAAAUGUGAAAUCUCCAGGUUCAUUUCAGUCUGCUUUGUCCUAACUUUUGCUGGACUAGAAAAUGGAAUUCUAGUAAUGAUGGCUUAUGAUAGAUUUGUGGCUAUUUGUCACCCACUGAGGUACACAACCAUCAUGAACCCAAAACUUUGUGGGCUGUCCGUUGUGUUGUCCUUCCUCAUUAGUGUUCUGGAUGGCCUGCUCCACACAAUGAUGGCACUGCGACUGUCUUUCUGCACAAAUAUGCAAAUUCCCCACUUCUUUUGUGAAUUAGCUCAUAUUCUCAAGCUUGCCUGCUCUGAUAUUCUCAUCAAUAACAUCUUGGUCUAUGUAGUGACCAGUCUUUUGGGUGUUGUUCCUCUUUCUGGAAUAAUUUUCUCUUAUACUCAGAUUGUAUCCUCUGUCCUGAAAAUUCCAUCAGUUGGUGGAAAGUAUAAGGCUUUUUCCAUUUGUGGAUCACACUUAAUAGUUGUUUCCUUAUUCUAUGGGACAGGUUUUGGGGUGUACCUUAGUUCUGAAGGAACUCACUCCUCUAAGAAGAGUGCAAUUGCCUCCAUAAUGUAUACUGUGGUCACCCCUCUGAUGAACCCCUUUAUCUAUAGUCUGAGGAACAAGGACAUGAUGGGGGCUUUGAAGAAGCUCAUCUCUAGAAUACUUUCUUUCCAUUGA